GGAAGCCGCCCUCGCCGGGGAUCAUCAUUCGAAUGGUCCUAUAGUUACAUCGGAGAGGCAAGAUGCUGAUCGUUGCAAAGUUGAGCAGCAAUUAAACAACGGGGUAGGUGGUCCACGAGAUGUGAUCAUCGGUGAGUCUGGUGUUAAUCCCACGUCGCGGCGAGCACCCAAUUCUACAAAUUCCGCCACGACAACGACAUCAAGAAGCAAGGCCGCAAUGCGUAAAGUCGACGAGACACAUCAUAGGAGGCUUGGCGUCCCGGCAGCAGAAAAGGCAGCAACAUCGCAUCGUCAAGCUAGUAGAAAAAAGCAGCAGAGCAAAAG